CAAUACUUAGUAAUGGCGCAGGACUUUUUAGCUGAUAAUAAUCUAUGUGGGCAAACUAUACUACGUUUAGUAAGCAGAGGUAACGCAGUAAUUGCAGAACUUCUACGAUUGUCGGAUUUCAUUCCCUCUGUGUUUAAACUGGAAAGCAAAGCUGAGCAACUUAAAUACGGUUCUAUUGUCUCUGACUUUAGUUACUUUCGUGGCAUCGAAUAUUACGAAAACAAGAUAGACCAAAGCACGCAGCUGCAAGAUAUAGACGAAGAGUUCCGUGAAAAUAAUCUCCCGAUAUUAACGAGGUUCUAUCUGGCAUUUGAAAGCAUUCAUAAAUAUGUGGUGGAUUUGAAUAGAUUCUUGGAAGAAUUAAAUGAAGGGGUUUAUAUUCAACAGACGUUGGAAUCUGUGCUGAUCAACCAGGAUGGUAAACAACUGAUGUGUGAAGCGUUGUUCCUUUAUGGGGUGAUGCUCCUUACCAUUGAUAUGAAGAUUGAAGGAUUAAUAAGAGAGAGAAUGUUGGUGUCUUAUUAUAGAUACAGUGGGGCAGCCAGAGGUGCGGGAUCCGACAGCAACAUCGAUGAUGUUUGCAAACUGUUAAGGUCUACUGGUUACUCCAACACCCUUGGUUCUAAGCGACCCCCGAACUACCCCGAGGCUUACUUUGCGAGGGUGAAUGUGAACCCUGUAUUUGUGAGCAUGGUGCUUGGAAGGCUAAGGUCGGAUGAUGUGUAUAGUCAGGUGUCGGCAUACCCCCUCCCAGAGCACCGAAGUACUGCCCUUGCCACCCAAGCCUCAAUGUUGUAUGUGUGUUUGUAUUUUGAUCCAGACAUACUACACACACAACAAGCUAAAAUGAGGGAAAUCGUGGACAAAUUCUUCCCUGAUAAUUGGGUGAUCAGUGUAUACAUGGGUACCAUAGUCAACCUUAUAGAGGCAUGGGAACCUUACAAAGCAGCCAAGGUUGCCCUGCAGAAUACACUGGAAGUGGGAAACUGUAAGCAACAUGCAGUGAAACAUGCACGGCAACUUCAAAAGUCGUUUAAAGACGUCGACCAUUUUCUUAAAGAAGGUGUUCUAACAUCGGACUAUAUGUUGGAUAAUAUACCAAGGCUGAUGAACUGUCUUCGCGAAUGCAAUGUCUGCAUAAGAUGGUUAAUGCUACACUCUAUUGUAACAGGUAGCGAAUUGAUAAAGAAAUGCAAACAACUCCGUGAACUUGUACUGACCACUACCACUGUUAAACAAGCCAAUAUAUUUCAAUUGCUACUUCAUACAGCUCAGUUGGAACUUAAAUUAAAAGAGAUGUUCAAGAAGAUGUUGGCUGACAAGGAGAUGACUUGGGAUCGUUGUAAGAAGGAAGGAGUUGAAAGAAUGGACGAACUCGCUGAAGUUUUCUCGGGUUCCAAACCUCUUACAAGGAUAGAGAAGAAUGACCAACUGAAGUCGUGGUUCGAGCAGAUGUCACGUCAAAUAUCCUCGCUCGAUUAUUCUGACUCUACCUCCGCUGGUAGGAAGAUGGUGCAACUGAUGCAAGCAUUGGAGGAGGUACAGGAGUUUCAUCAACUGGAAAAUAAUCUACAGGUUCGUCAGUUUCUCGCUGACACCCGAGGAUUCCUACAUCAGAUGAUAAGGACCGUCAACAUCCAGGAGGAAGUCCUCAUCACUCUAGAGAUCAUCGCCGAUUUAUCUUACGCGUGGAUGGUGAUGGAUCAAAAUUAUACCAGCAACAUGCAAGAAGGGAUCAAACGGACUCCAUCUUUGGUCAUUAAACUGAGAUCAACUUUCCUCAAGCUUGCGUCAACAUUGGAAUUGCCAUUGUUGAGAAUUAAUCAGGCUAACAGUAGUGACCUUAUCAGUGUCUCUCAGUAUUAUUCUGGGGAAUUGGUGGCUUAUGUUAGAAAGGUGCUCCAGAUUAUACCCCAAACAAUGUUUGGACUUCUGGCACGCAUCGUUAAAAUACAAACCACACAAAUACAUGAACUUCCCACAAGGUUGGAGAAAGAUAAGAUGAGAGAAUAUGCACAGCUUGAUGCAAGAUAUGAGGUUGCCAAGUUAACGCACGGAAUCUCAGUGUUCACUGAAGGCGUACUGAUGAUGAAAACUACAUUGGUUGGAAUUAUUAAAAUCGAUCCGAAACAAUUGCUUGAAGAUGGCAUACGUAAGGAGCUGGUUAUGCAGGUUGCUCAUGCUAUGCAUAAGAUGCUCAUAUUUAACCCUAAAGCUAAGACAAGUGAAUUGUUUCCAAAACUUCAAACUUUAUCGCAAACCAUGGAUGCUUACAGGAGAUCAUUCGAAUAUAUACAGGAUUAUGUUGAUAUUUAUGGAUUGAAGAUUUGGCAAAAGGAGAUGCUUCGUAUUAUAAACUACAAUGUAGAGCAGGAAUGUAACAGUUUUUUGCGCCAAAAGAUCCAAGAUUACGAGAGUUUAUAUCAAUCCAAAGAUAUCCCGGUACCCCGGUUUCCCCCCGUUGAUGGAUCCGUUAAUUUCAUCGGUCGUCUCGCUAGGGAAACAUUAAGAAUAACUGACGGAAGAACAACAUCGUAUGUUGAUUUGUUGGGAACUUGGUAUGAUGUGAAAACUAAAGUUGAAGUUGCUGAUACCAAGCUGUUUACAAGGAUCCAGGAAGCACUUGGUGUGUAUGGGUUGUCUGGAUUAGAUCGCUUGUUCAGUUUCAUGGUUGUUCGUGAACUACAGCAGUUCAUUAUGAUGGUACAACACAGUGUGUUGAAGGACAAAGCAUGGAUAGAUGUGUUGGGUUCCGUGCAUAAAACUAUAACUCCUCACCGCGAUGUAUUAGAAAAUCCGUCCAAGAUAUUUAACAGCGUGAACCAGCGUGCAAAUAAGGUGUGGCCGACUUUUAUCGAAGCAGCCAUGCGUAUCGGACAAAUUCAACUUAUUCGUCGACAAAUUGGAAACGAACUUAACUUCUCGUGCAAGUUCGAAUCCAAGUCACUCGCAUCCGGUGUUUAUACGAUGAACAAGGCGUUACUCACAGCAGUUGAAGCUCACUACAAAGACCCCGAGAAACCGUACCCCAACGAUGACUCCAUGAUGUUUGAACUAACUUCAUUUAUUGACGGGAUGGGGAUGGGAGAAGUUAUGAAGAAGAUUUAUAUUACUACUAAGCGAUUGUCUCACUUCUCCCUCCUUUGUUUCCUCUUCACAAUAACUCAACUACAGAAGUUACAAUACAGCAAACCACUUUGUGGAUUGGUCUGCAAAAAAGUGAACGACUCAGUCGACGCCCCUCCCUUUAUUAUCGGGAUGCUGACUUUGCUUCAACAAUUUCAUGCGAACGAAACGCAGAAAUUCAUAGAAAUGUUAGGACAAUAUCUGCGUUCGUGCAUUGCCGCCUCUAGUGGCAGCAGCAACAGAACAAGUGACCUCCCACCUGAAGCAAUCAACGUGGCCGCUUUUCUUGAGGAGUUUGUGUUUUAUGGAAAUAUUAAACGAAAGAUGGUGGAAGGCCACGUACCUGCUUAUAUUCUGGACGAUUUUCGCCGAGGUUUCUAGAACUAUCCAUUUAUUACAUCAUAGAGGAUCCAUUAUUACAUCAUAGAGUUAAACAAUGAUAAGUUACAUCAUUCAUAUAUUUAUCUUUUUUAAUCCUGGGAUAAAUUUUCCCAAAUUUCUAUAUCUUUGUUGUUAUAAUAUAUAUCUACACCAAUAUAUCAGUAAUUAUUACAUCCUGGGUGUUGGGGUAAUGAGCAAACUUUUGAUUAAAUCUCAGGUCCCAUGG